AGCGCUGGUAACAGCCUUUCGGGUAACGUAGUGGAGCUUCCUCACAAUCAAUCGACUACUCUCAUUAUUUGAAAUUUAGUCGUAUGCUACACCGCGAUCCGAGCACGAAGUGGACGGCCGUUACGUAGUUCCCGAUCUGGGGUAACGCACUCCUGCACAUCGGAGAUAUGGCCGCACGCCGCUGUGGCUGCUCGGAUACGUGCACGCAACUCUUUGCCGCUUGCCCGUGCGGAUGCCUAUAAAAGCACCCAACCCCCCAUUUUCAAACACAUUGUCUGCCAUUCCACCAAAACACAUACCAAUGACUUCCUCCUUACCCCUCGAAACCCUCUCGUCCUGGAAGGACGACUUCCGCGCGGACGCGACGUUCCGUGUGGGCAGCGCCGCGGUCGGCAACUUUAACGCGGACGAAGUUCUCAUUAACAAUGACGUGUGGACCGCGAACUGCUCCAACACAUUCAGCCAUGUGAUCGAGACCGAGGGCGCCCCUAUCCUUUCGCAGGGCUCCGCGGGCUCCUGCUGGCUCCACGCUGCGGGCAAUGUCUUGCGGGUGGAGCUCAUGGAGAAGUACAGUUUGAAGGAGUUUGAGUUCUCUAUCCCGUACCUCUUCUUCCACGACAAGCUUGAGAAGGCUAACUUCUUUUUGGAGCAAAUCAUCCAGACGGCGGCGGAGCCGGUGGAGUCGCGGUUGAUCCAGCACUUGUUGAGCGCUCCAGUCAACGACGGCGGGCAGUUUGACUUGUUCGUGAACGUGGUGAAGAAAUACGGGAUGGUGCCGUUGCACGUGUUUCCAAAAACGUUCACCGCGACGGCUUCGCGCACACUCAACUUUUUGCUCACAACCAAGUUGCGCGAGUGGGCGGAGGUGUUGCGUGCGCGCGUCGCGGCGCUGCAGGACAUUACAGAGCUCCGCACUGCAUACCAGAAGGAGCUCUAUCGCUUGUUGUGCAUGUUUUUCGGCGUUCCACCCGGCCCGGACGAGGCCUUUACCUGGGAAUACCACGACAAGGACAAGGCGUACCACUCGAUUGAGUCCACGCCGUUGAAGUUUGCCUCCGAAAUCUUGGGUUACGACGGCUCAGAGGCUGUUUCGUUGAUCAACGACCCGAGAAACGCGUACAACCGCGUGCUUAAGAUCGACCGUUUGGGGAACGUGAUUGGCGAGCCGCUCGUGCACUACUUGAACCUUGCGUCGGACGACUUGGCCGCGGCCGCGAUUGCGCGUAUUAAGGAAAACAAGCCGGUCUUUUUCGGGACCCACUCACCACUCUACAUGGACAAGAAGCGUGGGUUAAUGGACGUUGCACUCUACGAUUACGCGGCGAUUGGGUACGUGCAGACCCAGGAGAAGGCCGCGCGUAUCAAAUAUGCGCAGUCGUUGAUGACGCACGCAAUGGCGUUUACCGGUGUGCAUUUGGACGCGCAGGGCGUGCCUGUGCGCUGGCGGGUUGAGAACUCGUGGGGCAAGACCAGUGGUAUUGACGGGUACUAUAUUAUGACCCACGACUACUUCAAGGAGUAUGUAUACCAGGUUGUGGCGGAUAAGAAGGAGCUUGGCGCGGAUUUGACAAAGUUAUUUGAGGACGGGAAGAAGGACCCGAUUGUGUUACCACCGUGGGACGCUAUGGGCUCGUUGGCGGUGUUUAAGAACGCUGCGGAGCCGCAAAUGGAGAAAUUAUAGUAAGCAAUAGACCGAAAUAAAUGGUAUAUUUGAAUAGGG